CCCAGCCCCUUCUCCCUGCUGCAGGUGGUGGUGGAGCGCUACCAGAAGGAGAAGAACCUGCCCCCCUUGAGCAGGACCAAGUUCCUGGUGUCCCAGGACCUGCCCCUGGCCCAGUUCGCUGUCACCCUGCGGACUCGUCUCUGCCUGGCCUCCUCGCAGACCCUCUACCUGCUGGUGAACAACAGGGGGCUGCCCAACAUGACCGUCACGAUGCAGGAGCUCUAUCGCGACAACAAGGACGAGGACGGCUUCCUCUACCUCACCUACGCCUCCCAGGAGAUGUUCGGGGGGCUCCUUCCCCAGCAGACCCCAUCCAGCCCCGACCUGGCUGUGCUUUGAUGGCUCUGUCCCGGUCCCAACCCCGCUGCCGGCUGCUCCUUAAUCCUUGGGAUUUAGGCCCAAAAUCGCUCCCCUGGCGUGGCAGAGGCUGGUGCUGGCUCGGGGCCACGCAGAGGUUCUUUUUUUUUCAGGGGGGGAAUUUUGUGCGAGGCUUUGCAGCCCAACAGCUGGCCGGCUGCGUGGAAACCUUGGGCUUCUCUAAGCCACUUUGCUCUCCUAAGAGGAUCGGGGCCGAGGAUUUGGGUGGGUUGCGGAGGUUUUGCUGCUGGAAUAAAGAGAACGAGAGCGGGCUGGUUCCCCUGGUCAUCAACCUGGCUUCAUCCCUGGCGAGAAAACACUGAGAGGGGCGAGGAUUUUUGCUCCCCCAAAUCAGAUACGGGGCAAAAGCAACCCCCGGAGCAGCUCCCCACAUCCCGUUCCCUGCUCAGAGCCUGGGGGUGAGCCCCCCACCGCCCCCCCCCGAAAGGGCACAGAGCAAAAA